UAGAUUUAUACUGUGUCUGUAUUUUGAAGUGAAUGAGCCAGACAAUAAAGUGUGUUAGCUUCAAAGUUUUCGCGAUAUCCUCGACCCAAGAUGUUAAAGGUUUUUUGGAUUUGCGUAUUCGUUCAGGUCCUAGCCCGUGUACAGUGUUGCUCGCGACGUCGUAACCCACCACCACGGCCUUGUUCAUGGCGGACGUGCUACCACGAUUGGAGAGACCCCUUCACUCCGGGCGUUCGUCAAGGGCAAUGCGUUUAUCAGUCUCGCUACUCUACGCAUCUUUACAUAACGAAUCACGGCACGGGAUCUUGUCCGGCUUCUUCCUCGUGUGAUUGGAGGUGUCAAAGACGAACCCGAUGUUCAUGUCGCGAGGUUCAAACGUGUAACCGAAAAGUUUGGAGCUCGUGGUCCGGUCAUAUACCUACCGGUCAGUGCGCUCGACAGACUCGACAUCGAGGCUGGAAUGAACUCAACGUAAGAUACAGAGAACAAGAUAACAAUUGCAACGGAAUAAGAAGCAGCUGUGGAAGCACCGAAUAUGACUACAGGACGCUUUGUAGCUGUCCAUACGCCCGGUGCGAGACUCUGCCGUGGACGGCCUGGAGCACAAUUCAAACCAGGCCUGGUCAUUGUAUCACCGUGGCGCGUUACCAACGACAGAGAAAAACCAUCGUUUAUAAAACUCAAGGAAGUAACUGUAAUGGCGUCGGGCCACAAACAUGUCCUGACGACGUCACUCAAGUGCAGGAAAAAGUGGUGUACUGUCAAGCAUUGCCAAUUCCCGCGGCUGGAAGCUGGGACCGAGCUGAAUGUUCACAAGGUCAACAGCGGUGCAAUUCCCUCUGCACUCUGGAAUGCUCCGGACUGAAAGGAUAUAAUAGAAUUGGAAAUAAUCCGACAAGAAAGUGUUUGAGCAGUGGAUCAUGGUCUUCUUCGAAUGCCUAUUGCAAAGACGAAGAAGCACCGGUUAUAACAUGUCCAUCACCAUCAACGUUCGGGACCGAUACAGGCAAGAAAUAUAAAACAGUCAUCAUGCCUCAACUGGUUUCCGCAACGGAUAACAGUGGCAAAGCUCCGACUGUUACAACCAGCAUCGGUAAAACUCAGCAUCAAUUUGCCAUCUCCGCGCAUGCCUACGAAGUUGUUUUCACCGCACGAGAUGAAACAGGAAAUACGAGAACCUGCCCUUGGUAUGUUACUGUUAAAGAUAUGGAGAAACCCAAGGUCCUCGAGUGUCCAAAAGAUAUCACCAUCAUUAGCACGAAAGACAAGGAGAGAGUCAGCUGGGAUGACCCAAAAUUCCAAGAUAAUUACGAUCCCACGCCACGGAUAACCUCUAAUCGAGGGACUGGAACCUUUUUCAGUUUUGGUAAAACGUUGGUUACCUAUAAGGCAACCGAUGAAUCUGGAAAUGAGGCUAUUUGUCAAUUUAAUAUUAUCAUAUCAGUUCUCAAUUGCCCAGUGUUUGUCGCACCAAGAAACGGUGCACAUACCUGUAACAUAAAGGUGGAUGAGAAAUAUGAACAUCAUUUAUACUGCAGCACACAUUGUCAAAAAGGUUACGCAUACAUCUCUAAUGAUGUCUAUGAGAUUUAUCAAUGCACGGCAGGAGUGUGGACUGGAUUUGAUAAUUUCCCGCCAAAAAUGUACAAAUUCGUUGAUACGUCAAUGAGGCCUUGGGUCGAUUGUGCUGGUGAGGACACAGCAGAGGGCGUUAAGAAAGUUAUCAAUGCCUACGUUGGAACUUGCAAUGAGAACAACAAGGAGGCCUUGGAAGCAAUCAAGCGAAGGUUCAUAGCAACCCUAAACGAAUUCAUGCUAUCCAAGUUGAUUUUCUGUGGAAAACAUCAAGCAAACUGCGAUAUCUCGAACGUAAAGGUGUAUUGUGGAAAGAGCAAGCGAAGCGGAGACGUCUCAAAACAGGUCGUCUCCGUUGAGAUUGUGAUUCGUGAUGAAAUGUCCUGGAAAGACGCUGCUAAAGCCUUAAAGCAACACGAGAUGAUGAAGAUGGACCUGGAUGCCACGGAAAUGGUGGCCGACCACAAGAUCGUCUCAAAGAUGGGCAUCGCAGGAAUGCAUUUAGAAGGAUACGAGUCGAAAUUAGCAUGUAAGGCUGGUGAGAUUCUGAAGGUUCGUGAAGGAGAUGGUGACGAGUUGACCAGAUCUUCCUGUGUCAAAUGUCCCGAAGGCACAUUCUUCAAUGACGAAGAGGAGUGUAUCCCGUGUCCCGAGGGGACAUAUCAGGACGAUGAGGGUAAAAUGGCGUGUAUACACUGCCCUGAGGGGACAUGGACACUUGGUAAUCAAGCAACGAACCAAACCGAGUGCAUAGAUGUGUGUGGUCCUGGGGAAUACUCCCAACUCGGCAACGGUUUGGCAACAUGCAUCGCCUGCCCAGCAGGAACAUUCCAGCCAAAUUUUAGACAGUCGAAAUGCUUGAACUGUCCUUCUGGAAAGACCACAUCACUUCGAGGCGCGGCUUCUAAAGACGAUUGCCAAUGAACUAGACGGUUGAUCAAGACAAUUGUCAAGUGGUAAAACUGGAGUAGUCAUAUCAAAUAUUAUCGUAGAAAGCGAAAUAAAGUUUAAGAAUCACUUACAAGUUACAAUCUUUCACUUUCAUCUUGUUUACAAUCGAUGUCGCUAAACGAAACUUUAUUGUUGAUGAUUGCCAUGUUUCUCAUUCC